UAUUGGUAAUUGCAGCCGAUUACACACGAGUAAAAAAUGACAACGGUGGUGCAUGAUUCACACACGGUCGUUGUCAAUAUGACACCGGUCGUGUAUGAAUUAUGCACCACCACCUGCAUAAUGAUGCACCACCGUUGUUACUUUGUACACCGACGUGCAUGAAUCGUACACGAUCGUUGCCAUUUUAGCAACUACCGUGUAUGAAUCAUGCACCACCGUUGUCAUUUUUUUUACUCGUGUGCAAUCGGCUGCAUAUUUACCAUUUUUUCCGUGUUAUUGAAAGAGAAAGGACGCAUUGUGCAAAAAAUUUAUUGAAAAUGAAUAAUAAUUCGCAAGAUCCUCAAAAUAUCAUUGGUGAGUUGUUAGAAAUCGAUGGCAAUAUUGUUGUGGUUCGCGAUACAAACCAUUGCAGCAGUCAAGAUGCGGAAAACAAUGAGGACGAUUAUAUGUUAAGGGAGUUCUUAAAAGGAAUAAAUAUGGAGUCGCUUUUUGAACAAUUAAAAGGUAAGUAAAUAAAAAUGAAUUUUUCAGUUAAUCAGUGUAAUUAACAAAGAAUUUUCUUUUUUGUUCUUUUAGCAUCACAUGUAACAUUUCGCAGUUUGCAGUACUUGAAAAAAGAAGAUUUAAAGGAAGCAGUGCCACCAUUGGGACUGCGAGUUGAAUUCAGAGAAAAGCUCUUUGCUUGGAAAAAAACGAAAGCUCGGGAUUGAUGACGAAACUAUGUCAGUUCCAUCUAAAAUAGGUGAAUGGUGGAAACGCAACGAGACACCUGCAAGUACUCCUGGUACUCCCGACACUACAGGUUCGAACUGCUCAAAAGCCAAAGGAAUUUUGUCAGAGGAUCUAACGGAAUUGUUAACACAUACCUCGAAGGGGAAACUAGCGCUUGAAUGUAGUAGCGUUAAUAAGAAAUUAAGUGACGAGCAAAGAGAUGAUAUAAUUAAUAUAAUUAUUGAAGAUAUUUUAACCAACAAUGUUACUCUUUACACUCAAGACUAUAUGCGCAUAUUGGAUGAAAUUUGUUCCGUUUUUCCUCUUGAAAACGAAAUGAGGGAUUAUUAUUACAUUUCAAGAAAAGGAAAGAACAACGCAAGCGGAAAACUUUAUGCCAAGUAUAGAAACAAGAAGUCCAAAAGAAUAAAGCUUUUGAUUUCCGAGCCUAGCACAAGCAAAGCAGCAACUCACUCAUCUCCUAAUUUUUGUAACAAAGAUGUUCCCGAAAUUGAUGAAUCAGUUGAAAAUUCAUUGAAAGCUUCCUUACUAAGAGAAUGUAAUGAUUGGGGAUCGAUCUGCGAAAAAUGGAAAAGAUCUUUUAACAUACGGCAAAGAGAUAUAAAAAAUUUAAGUAGCCAUACAUUUCUCCUAGAAUGGACGAAGUUGUCCGAUGCAAGAGCUUCAGAAUUGGUAAGUAGCCAUGAGCUAUUUAUUUGUAUAUGGAUACUAAUGUUUCGUUUUAGGUCAACAUUGAUUUCGAUAUUAUGUAUCCACAGAAAGGCAAUCUUCUACUUUCUAAAUGGGACCAAUUUAAGAAAAAAAUUUACAAUUAUUAUGGGAAAAAUAUUCAUAACGAACAUUGCAAACAACUCUUCGCAAAUGUUAUAUAACAUUAUAUGUUUAUAUAACAUUAUACGGUUCGUUAAAACCGAAACACCACUUUCUUGUCCACUAUCCCACUGCUAUCCGAAAAUGUGGUCCCCUUAAAUAUCUCUGGAGCAUGAGAUUCGAAGCUAAACACAAGGAAGCAAAAGCCUAUUUAGGAAAUACUACAUCAAGAGUAAAUCCCUGUCGUUCAUUAUCUAUUAAGUCUGGAUUGAAAUUUUCCAAUUUUUUAUUAAAACACGAAGAUAACUUAGAACCAAAUGUUAUCAUUAAUACGCAUACCAUCGAAGAUUUGGCAAAAGAGGAAUAUUGUUACAAAAAACGUAAGCCAGUUUUAAAUUACCAAAAUUGCAAAGUGUCUGAUGACAUUUUUUUUAAGGGAACUAGGUAUAAAAAAAACUAUUAUUUAGCAACAAAUAAUGCCGCAAUUGAACUUUUCAAAAUUAAACAUUUAAUAAUUGAAAAUGAAAAUGUUUACAUUUUAUGUAACCAAGUAAAAGUUAAAAACUUUGAUUAUCAUUUACAAUCGUAUGAAGUUGGUUCUCUGAAUGAGGAUACAAUUUUUUUAAUACCAAUUUUAGAUUUUAUUACUUACCCAUUUCACUUAUAUCCUAUGAAUAAUGGAAAAGUUUAUUUCAGAUUUAAGUUAAUUUAAUUUGU